UUUCAUUUACAUCCGGGUGAUGUUUACCGCAAGAGGGAAGAGCAUCCUGGUUCUGCUAAGGAACCGCUGCUAAAUGUACCUCCACCACCCAUUCGAGGAAAUUAAUAUAUCACCAAAACUGCUGAUAUACACACACAUUAUCACUGUCGUCAAACCUGGAGCUGCUGCACAUGCUGCACAGAGAGCAACACACGGCUAACGAGGUGCUAACGAGCUAACGUUCAUGUCGGGCGGACUUCCUGUGAGCUCGGAUAUUUCUACGACGAGAUGAUCAGGAUCAGAAAUCCUUUAUUCAUCACACAGCAGCUGGCGGCUCUUCAUCCCAUCCUGCCUAACAUCUUGCUCAGGGGCUUCACACACUCGGUCAUCGUAGCUCUGUCGGUCUGCACCACCGCUGCGUCACACCGUCCUGACGCCUUUCCUCAAAGGGCGCAAGCAGCCAAAGCCGAUGGUAAGCAAAGCCCAGAGAUCUUCUUAGAGCCACACAUUCUGGAGAGUCGCUGCGCUGCCUUCCAGUAUCGAGCCGCGAAGCAUUCAGACGGAGGUGAAGGUCCUCGACACGGAGCCGCGAAGCUAGCUAUGCCCGGAUCCACGCCGGCCAGCAGCAAGGCUCGGGUGUACACCGAUGUCAACACACAGAAGAACAGAGAGUAUUGGGACUAUGAUGCGCAUGUGCCAAACUGGAGCAAUCAAGACAACUAUCAGUUGGUGCGUAAACUGGGUCGAGGGAAGUACAGUGAAGUGUUCGAGGCCAUAAAUGUGACCAACAAUGAAAAAGUUGUGGUGAAAAUCCUCAAGCCCGUCAAGAAGAAGAAGAUCAAACGGGAAAUCAAAAUUCUUGAAAACUUGCGUGGAGGAACCAACAUCAUCCGCCUGGUGGACACGGUCAAAGACCCGGUGUCCAGAACACCAGCGCUUGUCUUUGAGUGCAUCAAUAACACAGAUUUUAAGGAGCUUUACCAGAAGCUGACUGACUAUGAUAUCCGUUUCUACAUGUAUGAGCUGCUCAAGGCUCUGGACUACUGCCACAGUAUGGGGAUCAUGCACCGGGACGUGAAGCCCCACAAUGUGAUGAUCGACCACCAGAUGAGAAAGCUGCGUCUUAUAGAUUGGGGUUUGGCAGAAUUUUACCAUCCCGCUCAGGAAUACAAUGUCAGGGUGGCCUCGCGCUAUUUCAAAGGCCCUGAGCUGCUAGUGGACUAUCAGAUGUAUGACUAUAGUUUGGACAUGUGGAGUCUAGGCUGCAUGUUGGCCAGCAUGAUCUUUCUGAAGGAACCUUUUUUCCACGGCCAGGACAACUACGACCAGCUGGUCCGCAUUGCUAAAGUUCUGGGCACCGACGAGCUCUUUGGUUACCUGCACAAAUAUCACAUAGAACUGGACACUCGCUUCAAAGACCUGCUGGGACAACAAACGAGGAAGCGUUGGGAGCAGUUCAUCCAGUCGGAGAACCAGCACCUGGUGAGUCCGGAGGCUCUGGACCUGCUGGACAAGCUGCUGCGCUACGACCACCAGCAGAGGCUGACCGCUGCAGAGGCCAUGCAGCACCCAUACUUCUAUCCUGUGGUUAAGGAACAGGCAAAUGCCAACACAGACGGCACAAAGGCCAUAAGCAGCUCCAAUGCGACAUGAUAACCAGAGAGCAGGAAGAAUCUUCGUUACCUCAACUUGUGACCUUUUCGUGGCAGAAACCUCUGCCUCCACAUCAACAGCCAUACUGGAGCAAGAUGUCAAUUUUGCAGCAUACACAAAACACGCACGGAUUAAACUUUCUCCUAACAAAGCCCGGGGAGGGGGGGGGGGGGUCUGAGCUGCUUGGUCCGAGUCACAGAUAAAUCAGGCCUGAAAUCAGAUCUGAACCCCCCCCCCUCCCCAACCCUCCUCCUACUCCUCUCCUUCUCCUGCCUCCCAACACCCCCAACCCGUUUUUAAAAUGAGCAAAGUGACUGUUGUUGGAUCAGUAUCAAGCCAGUGUUGUGCCGUAAAGACGUUUGUCCGUCAUUACGAUGCUGUGGUGACCUGAGAUCCAGUUUUAGCACUGAGUGGCAUGGAGGCUCUUUUCUGCUACGGAUAGAACAAAAGCUAUAUUGAAAGAGAAUAAACCAUUUUUAUUUAAA